AUGAGAGAACUUCUUUUGUAUUUUCUCAUCUCCGCAAAUGCGAAAUCCGUUGAGGAGGUUUUGGCCAAAAAACUUUUGUACGAUGCGGGAUACAUGAAGAGUGUCAGCCCUCUCAACCCAGAGUUCACAUGGUUAGAUCCAUCCCAUGAAAAAUUUGAUGCUCCAGCAAUUUGUAAAAAAUGGUUUAAGAAGAUGAAACAAACUUGGUCAUCAGAUUACGAAGAAUCGCGAAUUGCAAAUUAUGCAUUCAACUGCGAAUGGGAAGCGUCGGAAGGCUGGACCUGGAAGAAAAAUGGAGAGAACGACUGUGUUGGCUGGCUUAUGAACAUCUUCUACGGUCCUGCCCAGGGCUGGCAAAAUGGUGCCCCGCUGGCCGUACUUACAAAAAAACAAUGCCCUGGUUUUGACUAUGGAAGUCAAAAUGUUGAGUAUAAUGGCGCCUGCGAUCCAAAGAACGGACCCGUUGAAUAUGAAGAUUAUGGUUCAACAACUCAAUCGUCAACUUCGUCGGCAACGUCGACCAAGUCCCCAAGAACCGGAGAAAAUCCGGAGCAACGUCUCGCUUAUGCUGAGGAUCUUGAUCUCCUUGACGAUGUUCUAACUGUUAUGACUUCCGACGCGAUGAAAGUUAAUGUCGAAGUAGAACUGGUGAGCUUGAAUGCGUUGGAACUUGCAGAUAGCGCCAUGGAUACGACCAUUGUCGUAUUUUCUUCAUGGACAGACGAUAGGCUGAAAUGGGAUCGAAUGUAUUACAAUGACACACAAAAGAUCGAAGUCGACCCAAAUCUAAUCUGGACUCCCCCAAUUGAGAUUGUCAACCUGGACACCUGGGGUAACUUUGCUAAGAUCCAAGAAUACGGCUGCAUAGUUAACUACCGCGGAGAAGUAAAAAUGUCUCGAAAGCUUCGACUCAGCACUUCUUGCUCGAUGGACCCCGCCCUUUACCCUUUUGAUGUUCAAGUUUGCUCCAUCGAUCUGUCAACACCGGGAAUGCCGAUGAGUAAACUUUCUCUUGAAGUCACAAAAUGGAUGUUCAAAAAUGGCGUCCAGUUCGAUCCGAAAGAUGGGGAGAAGUCGUUAGAUUACAGUCAGACCGAUAUGACUGUUCUUCAAAAUGUUUUUUACGACGACAAUCCAGCGUGGAAUUUUCUUGGGUAUAAAUUCACUGAUGUGGCGAUAACUGGAAAUGAUGGGAACAAAUAUUCUAGAGUUCAAGUUACUUUUGCCGUAGCUCGUAACAUCGCUUUUUAUGAGCUAACGCUCUUCCUGCCUAUUGUUUGUAUGUGCAUUCUGGUCGUUCUCGGUAUCUGGAUGCCGGUUUCUUCUGGUGAAACACUUGGAUUCCAAGUCACAAUGCUCUUGACCAUGAUUGUUUAUUUGGACGUUCUUUCCAGGAACGGCUCUAGAAUUUGCGCGUCUGAUGAUAUCAGCAUCGCUCCUCGUCUUUUGAUCAUGUUUUUGAUCAUCGCCAUCGGAAGCGUCUUCGCUCAUAUUAUCAUAACGAUGAAUUUAUGGUGCCACGAUAAAACUUCCGACCGUGUCUUCACAUUCGACCGGUGGAGAGCAAAGUUCGCUCUUCGAUGCGCGAAAUUUUUCCAGGUCUUCAAGCAUGGAGUCUACACGAUUCCUACUGUCAUCACAAGUCUUGUCAAUGGCGAAGAUGUGAAAGAUCAAGAUAAAGAUGCUUUCAAAGAAGCUUGGAUUUUCUACGGAAAGAUCUGCUCGCAUUUCUGGGCUUUUAUUCUGUCAUCGGUUAUCCUGAUUUCGAUGAUUGGCAUCAUCAUCGAUAUGCACGUUGAAAGUUCAGUUGCGCAAGCAAACUUUUCCUGA